AGCUGUGGGCUGGAACGAGAGGUCGGGAGGCGUGGUGGUACGCGAGGGAAGGGUCGCGUGUUGGAUCGCCUAGCGUGGAGAGGAGCUACCGAUGAGAGAGGGAGCAAUAGGCGUGGAAGGGAAGGUUUUGGGCAAAUUCUUGAGCGAGAGAGAAAAAGCUUGGGUCCGCAUGUGUGGCGAGUUGAAUCGGUGUCUAAAGACUUACUUGAGGUAUGUAUGUGUAGACUAUCUAAAGAAGUGGCACCGGUGGCUAUACUUGAGCACAAUAGUGUUAAUAAAAAUAGUGAUAGCAAGAUUCAUGGCCUAAGUUGGCCUAAAUGGAAGCAACUCACGGGCCACAACAACGAGUAA